AUGCUUCAAGAAGAACUCGAUUAUAAGAGCAUCGAAGAGAUAUAUUGGACAGAUAGCAAAGUCGUUUUAGGAUAUAUUAACAAUGAUGCGCGUCGCUUCCAUGUAUUCGUGGCUAAUCGCGUCCAACAAAUCAGAGAUCAUUCGUCAAAGGAUCAGUGGAAUUACGUUGAGUCAAAGUUAAAUCCAGCUGAUGAGGCAUCCCGAGGUUUAAAGGCCUGUGAUAUUGUGAGCGAUUCGAGGUGGAUAAACGGUCCGUCAUUUCUAUACGAAGCUCACCAAGAUUGGAAUCAUUUUAACCAACCGGAUGACAAAGCAAAGCUGGAAACAGAUGAUGUCGAAGUAAAGAAAGUCACAACCUUUGCAACAUCUGUGAAAAAAUGACGUGGUAGAGAGAUUAGAAUACUUUUCGAGUUGGCACCAAGCCAAGAAGGCCAUCGCUAUUUGUCUUCGUUAUCGCAGAUUGUUACGUCAAAGGGUACGUAAGAAAAGGGAGGAAAAGGAUGUCGAGAACAUUGAGAAAGCAGCGACUGUUAUGAAACCUGACCAAGCUGUUACUGUGGAAGAAAUGAAUGCUGCUGAACGGGAAAUAAUCAAGGCACUGCAGAAAGAAGAAUUCAAACAGGAGAUAAGCUCGUUAAAGUCAAAACCCAAAGUCAAUGUACUGGAAACUCAAGGACGGCGAAAUACGGUAGCUAGAACUAGCCCGAUUGCUAAACUCGAUCCCUUUAUGGACGAACAUGGAGUUAUAUGA